AUGCCGGCUACCCCGCCCGCAGAAAGCGAGUCGGUUUAUGACAUAAAUUCGUACCCCACUCCCGACCUCCUGCGCUUGCUUGCAUCUCUUCUCACUCAGAUUGCGACUGCGAACGAUGGGUUGUCAACAUCGGCACAAUCACAGACGAACUCAACGAAUUCGCAUCAGCCACCCAACUCUGACCAUCCACCAAUAUGGCAAACACUAUUCACGGCCUCCCGUACCGCCCUUUCCACUCCUACGUCGCAUUUGACCUUUCAUGCACGCAAUGUUCCGUCCAUUUCAUUGCAAGCGUAUUUACUCCGAAUUCUUCGUUACUGUCCGACGACAAACGAAGUUUUCCUGUCGCUUUUGGUCUACUUUGAUCGGAUGUCGAAACUUGCUCAGGAGGCCACCGGCAACCGCUUCGUCAUUGAUUCGUACAAUGUCCACCGACUUGUGAUCGCAGGAGUAACUGUAGCGAGCAAGUUUUUCAGCGACGUAUUUUACACGAAUUCCCGUUAUGCUAGGGUCGGAGGACUUCCUCAAGCAGAGCUAAACCAGCUUGAACUACAGUUCCUUCUAUUGAACGACUUCCGCCUGUCUAUUUCGACGGACGAGAUGCAGCGUUAU